CGUUGAGGGGAGGAAGUGUCCGCUGCUAAACUCACCCGACUAAUACCACAAUUAUUCCUGAUCUUAUCGAAGGGAAACUUAAGUGUAAAUUAUACACCAGUACAAAUCAAAUUCACUCAAGCGGUCGUUUAUUGGGGAGGGAGGCGAUAAGUUAGUGUUAUUGGUGGUGCUGUGGGCGGGUCGGUGCUCACGCCCAUCUGACCAACCUGUUCCUCCCUCAGGUGGACCACGCCUCUCAUACAUAGCUACUCUGCUUCUGCUCGGUGAGCUUGUAUCUACUUGGUAAGAAAGGAGGAUGGCUGGUAGCGUACAAAUGACCUUUGACCUGGUGGUAGUGGGUUCAGGCCUAAUGGGGUCAGCAGCCGCCCGUCACGCCGCCAGCAUACCCAACACUUCCGUCUGUCUCAUUGGGCCCGCGGAGCCGCAGACACGCGCGUCCCGCCAGAUCUUCGGGUGCUGGUACGAUGAGGGGCGAGUUUACCGUCGAAUCGCGGCUGAACACACCUGGUCCGUGCUGGCCCAACAGUCCGUCGCCAGGUACACACACCUCGAGCACCUCUCAGGGGUGAGAUUCCACGAGGAGGUUGGAUACGUGCACGCGACUCCUGAUGCUGCUGAGUACCAGGAGCUGAUGAAGUGUGGGCGUGACCAGGGCCUUAACACCCUCGACCUCACCCGCUCCUGGAGAAAACAUUUCCCUUUCUUCAACUUUCCCCAAGAGUCUUACAUUUUCUGGGAGAAGUCUAACGCGGGACACUUGAGCCCGAGAAACCUAGUGAGGGCCCAGCAGGUGGUAGCUCGCCGGUGUGGGGCCCAGGUGAUGCCCCAGGUGGUGUCCACUGUCAGGCCAGCCCACGAGCCGUCCCACAGGUGGGAGGUGGUGACGGAGGGCGGGGAGGUGGUGAGGGCUUGGAGGGUGCUGGUAGCUGUGGGAGGAUCCGCUUCACUCCGCCCGCUCUUCCGCCACGUCGCCCCUGGCCUACAACCCCACCUGCAGCUCAGGACACAGACUGUCGCCUACUUCCGCAUCAGUGAUCAAGAGGCACAUAGACUCAGGUACAUGCCCACACUCUUCACCAACUGUAGGUUCGAGGACCUGGACGGUGGGUACGCUCUGCCCCCCAUCAAAUAUCCUGAUGGUCGAUGGUACUUGAAGGUGAGCCACAAUAGGAGACACGAGGAGGUGCUGGUGACGGAAGAUCAGGUCACCAAGUGGUACAGAAGGGCCACUGGUAUACCUGAGUGUGUCGCCAAACUCACCCGUUUCCUUCACCACCUUCUACCAGAUGUGCAGUUUGAGGAGGUGUCUGGGGACGGCUGCCUCACCUCUCACACGCCCAACCAAGAGCCAUACAUUGACAUCAUAGCACAAGGGUUCGGAGUGGCCCUGGGAGGCAACAGAUGGGCAGCUAAAUCAAGUGACGAGAUCGGUCGUCUGGCAGCCCGACUGGUGGUGCUGGGAGAGUGGGAAUCAGAGGUACCUAGGGAACGAGUCAAAAUCAUCUGGACGACCCAAUCUAAGUUGUAAUCAGAAACACUACCUUAGUUACAGAUUAUUAAUACCCCCUGGUAAGAUGUCAGCCAGAAGUUUCAAAACCGCACACAAAGUAUAGUGUAAUUACGUUAAUGAUAGUUGAUUAGAUAGUUAUGAAUUAAUUAUAAUAGAGGGUAAGUAAAACGAACAGUGAGAGGUUUCUUAAGUAGGGGUCACCCAGUUAGAUCGUUGAUUUACUGUAAUUAGGUCAUGUCUGAGUUUGUACCAUGUUAUAGGGGUGGGAAGAUUCAAUUGGGAUUUAUCCUUUAUAAGAAUAUUUUCAUUAUAUCUGUAUUUACUAGUUAGAGUAUUGUUACCAGUGUGUGUUACAGCUGGCCCGUGUCCUCUGUAUAGUGUAAGUAUUGUAAGUUACCAGUGUGUGUUACAGCUGGCCCGUGUCCUCUGUAUGUGUAAGUAUUGUAAGUUACCAGUGUGUGUUACAGCUGGCCCGUGUCCCCUGUAUUGUGUAGGUAUUGUAAGUUACCAGUGUGUGUUACAUCUGGCCCGUGUCCUCUGUAUUGUGUAGGUAUUGUAAGUUACCAGUGUGUGUUACAUCUGGCCCGUGUCCUCUGUAUUGUGUAGGUAUUGUAAGUUACCAGUGUGUGUUACAGCUGGCCCGUGUCCUCUGUAUUGUGUAGGUAUUGUAAGUUACCAGUGUGUGUUACAUCUGGCCCGUGUCCUCUGUAUUGUGUAGGUAUUGUAAGUUACCAGUGUGUGUUACAUCUGGCCCGUGUCCUCUGUAUUGUGUAGGUAUUGUAAGUUACCAGUGUGUGUUACAGCUGGCCCGUGUCCUCUGUAUUGUGUAGGUAUUGUAAGUUACCAGUGUGUGUUACAUCUGGCCCGUGUCCUCUGUAUUGUGUAGGUAUUGUAAGUUACCAGUGUGUGUUACAUCUGGCCCGUGUCCUCUGUAUCGUGUAGGUAUUGUAAGUUACCAGUGUGUGUUACAGCUGGCCCGUGUCCUCUGUAUCGUGUAGGUAUUGUAAGUUACCAGUGUAUGUUAGGUUUAAGUUGUAUUAUCUUUUGGAUUGUCUGAAUAUAUAAGUUAUGGUUGUACUGCCAGGUGGCUAUGCCGGGUUAGUUGGGUACCUUCUGUAAGAUGUCAUAAUAUAUAGGAGUUGGGUGAUAUGUCCCUAUAAAGUUGUGAAUUGUAAUUUUUCAAUAUUAUAUUUGACAUA